AUGGCAGGCACCUGUUCUAUGCUUUGUCUGAUAAUUAUCACUAUUUUUAUUCCUCCCCUCGGUGUUUUCCUCACCGCCGGCUGUGGUGUGGACUUCUGGAUUAAUGUCCUUCUUACGAUUCUGGGGUACCUCCCCGGUCAUGUCCACGCCUUCUACCUGGAAUAUAUCUAUUACCAUCGCCGCAAUCAGGAUCCUAUGACCCGCGCAACUCAACGACCGGCGCCCGGCGUCUACUCGGAGCGCGUCCAGAAUGGUGGUCACAAGAACCGGAAUUAUGGCACCAUCUGA